UUAUCGCUCACUAUAUAAGGCCCUGCACUGCUAAAGCAAACAUAUGUGACUGACCGAAAUGCGCUGCAUAAUGUCUCUGUUCACCAUCACUCUCAUCAACAGCGUUCUUCUGAGCCUGUUCCCUCACACUCCAGAAGCAUAUGGGCCGCUGAACUAUGCCUGUUGUGUGAAAUACACUCAAAAUCCUUUGCCCUUUGGUGUGAUCAAGGGCUUCAUGGAGCAGAAAUCCACUGAGGUGUGUCGCAUAGAUGCCAUCAUCUUUAUCACCAAGAACAACAAGAAGGUAUGUGCGAGCAUUAAGGAUCAGUGGGUGAGAACAGCGCUUGCGCGUCUGAGGUCCAAAUUAGAGAAAAUGACUGAAGAGGGAAAUCAGCUUCUCACCACUGCUGGAUCGAAACGCUAGAUUCCCACAACCACCAAAAGCUCAUGAAGAUUUUGCAAAUAACGUGGCUUU